GCGCAGGUGAACUUCUUCGUGGGCGCGUUCUACGAUGGCGUCUUCCUGCUGGGCAUGGCGCUCGACGAGACGCUGUCGGAGGGCGGCGAUAUCUACAACGGCACGGCCAUCACGCAGGAGCGCAUGUGGAACAAGUCCUUCCUCGGAGUUCUUGGAAGGGAUAUUCAUCGUUUCAUUUUGUUAGGUUCGCCCUAG